AUGAUGUGCGAUUGGGCAUCUGUCGGCAAGAUAUGCGCGAAAUGGCUGCUUUUCGUUUUAAAUGGAUUAUGUAUUCUGAUAGCAGUUGGCACCACUAUAUUUGCGAUAGUAGACAUAAAGGUGCUAAAUAAAUACGGUGAUGGUGCAGGCCAUGGGACACAGUCUGGAGACACACUUAUUAUAAUUGUCUGCUUGUUGCUGUUUGCUGUAGCGGUGUUCGGCUGCAUUGGUACUGCUAAAGAGAAUGUUAAGAUCCUUUGUCUGUACGUAGGUUUCCUGAUGCUGUUCCUGGUGGUAGAGCUAUUGGUGGCUGUGUACGUCGCCGUGCAGAGGUACGGCCUCGAGUUCAGAGUCUCCGAGUCAAUGCGCAACCAAUUCUUCCGAAACUUUACAACCGAAGAAUUGGCUCAACAUAAGAAGAUUUGGGAUGACAUGCAGAUAACAUAUGAAUGCUGUGGUUUGAAUGGUCCAGAAGACUACCAAGCUAUCCGGCAGCCGAUCAGCAUAUCUUGCUGUCCACGAGCAUUCCGCGCGAAGACGGAUUACGCUCGGCAUCAGUUUUAUCAAACGUGUCUGGAAUCAAAGAGUUACUUCAACGUGGGCUGUGAGGAUGAAAUCCUGCAGGAGAUCAGAGCUGACGAGGACUGGCUGAUAGGGGUCACCAUCAUCUCAUCAUGGUUUCAGGCUGCACAAGUGUUAGCUGCUAUGUGGCUAUCUCAAAUGACGAAACGAGAGGCACAAUUCAAACAACAAACGCUAAGACAUUAACUCAAGCAUCUCAACAUAUUAUUGCAC